CAAAACAAAUAAGUCUGUUCGCCGCCGCGCUCGUGUUCAGUUGCCUUUUUAGCUCGCAACGAGCCGGUUGUCCGUUCAUUUCAGUUUCCCAGCUGCCGAUCCGACCCCGAUUCCGAUUCCGAUUCCGAUUCGAUUCAACAAUUCUUCUAUUCACUCGGAUCUGUUCGAAUCGCAGAGAUUUUUUUGUUGUCCUACGUCGAGUUACACCAUAGGAUAUAACCCAAAAAGGGAGUGCACGUGACGGAGAAGGCUCCACAGAAGACGGACGACCAUGGAGGUGAACACAAGUUCGCCGAUGGACGAGUUCUGCGGUUCCACAUUCUGGAACUCAACGGAGACAUGGUGGACCACCGACCCAGACUUUACGCCAUGCUUUGAGCAAACGGUGCUGGUAUGGACGCCCUGCGCCUUCUACUGGCUCUUCGUCGUCUUCGACUUCUACUACCUGAAGGCCAGCUUGGACCGGAACAUACCCUGGAAUAAGUUGAACGUGAGCAAGGCGCUGGUGAAUGUUGGUCUUCUAGUCCUCACUGCCCUGGACUUAAUUAUGGCCCUCAUCAAGAAGGGCGGGGACGACCAGCCGCCACUGUACAAGCUAGACGUGUGGGGACCCAUCAUCAAGUUCGCCACCUUCCUCCUUAUCUUUCUAUUCAUCCCCCUGAAUCGAAAGUAUGGCGUGCAGACAACCGGCUGCCAGUUUCUUUUCUGGUUUCUGCUCACUAUUUUUUCGAUACCGCGCUGUAGAACCGAGGUUCGAGCGGAUAGAUUGCGUCAACAGCUCCUGGAAUCGCAGCAGGAGGAUUUGGAGUACGCCUGGGAGGAGUACCAGUACACCAGCUUCUUCGUCUUCUUCACCUUCACCUCCAUAAUGCUGAUCCUUAACUGCUUUGCGGACGGAAUGCCCAGGCAGACCAAGUACCAGCGAGGCGAGAAUGAGAUUCCCGAGCUGUCGGCCAGCUUCCUUUCUAGGAUCACCUACCAAUGGUUCGACAAAAUGGCCCUCAAGGGAUACCGUAACCCACUCGAGGAGAAGGAUCUGUGGGAUCUGCGUCCGCAGGACAGCUGCUCCGAAGUUAUGCCUACCUUCGCCUACCACUGGAAUCAGAACGUGCGCAAGAAUUACAAGGGCAGAGCUCGUGUGGAGCCGAAGGCUCAGUUCAGCAAUGGCAAUGUCACCUUUGAGAACCCCCACGGCGAAAAGAAUGGUCGCAAGAAGGGCGUGGCCAGUAUCAUGCCGCCCAUCUACAAGUCCUUCGGAGGCGUCUUCAUGUUUGGUGCUUUGAUGAAGUUGUUCACGGAUUGUCUGACUUUCGCCCAGCCCCAGGUCCUGAGUCUCAUCAUUAGCUUUGUGGAAGAUCAGGAUAAGGAGAAACAACCGGAAUGGAAGGGCAUUUUGUACUCUGUUCUGCUCUUCGUCUUGGCUGCUGCUCAGACCUUCAUUCUGGGCCAGUAUUUCCACCGGAUGUUCAUCGUCGGACUGAGAAUUAGGACGGCUCUCAUUAAUGCCAUCUACCGCAAGGCCCUGCGCAUCUCCAACUCGACCAAGAAGGAGUCCACCGUGGGAGAAAUUGUCAAUCUAAUGGCCGUGGACGCGCAGCGCUUCAUGGAGCUGACCACAUACUUAAACAUGAUCUGGUCGGCGCCCCUGCAGAUCGGUCUGGCCCUGUUCUUCCUCUGGCAGCAGCUGGGACCGUCCGUGCUGGCCGGUCUGGCCGUGAUGAUUAUCCUGAUCCCCGUGAACGGAGUGAUUGCCAGCCGCAUCAAAACCUACCAGAUCCGUCAGAUGAAGUACAAGGACGAGCGCGUCAAGCUGAUGAACGAAGUGCUGAGUGGUAUUAAGGUCCUGAAACUGUAUGCUUGGGAGCCAAGCUUCGAGAAGCAAGUUCUGGACAUCCGUGACAAGGAAAUCGCCACCCUGCGAUCCACCGCCUACCUGAACGCCAGUACAUCCUUCCUGUGGUCCUGCGCCCCCUUCCUGGUUUCCUUGGUCACGUUCGCGACUUACGUGCUAACCAGCGAGGCGAAUCAGCUGAGCGUCGAGAAGGUGUUCGUCUCACUCGCCCUCUUCGACAUUAUGAAAAUCCCGCUGACCGUCUUGCCCAUGCUCAGUGUUGACAUAGCCGAGACGCAAGUUUCUGUAAACCGUAUUAACAAGUUCCUGAACAGCGAGGAACUGGAUCCCAACAGCGUUCUCCAUGAUCCCUCCAAGCCCCAUCCCAUGAGCAUCGAAAAUGGUGAGUUCUCCUGGGGCGACGAGAUCACGCUCCGCAACAUCAACAUCGAGGUGCGUAAGAGCAGCUUGGUGGCUCUGGUGGGCACUGUCGGCUCCGGCAAGUCGUCCGUGGUGCAGGCCUUCCUCGGCGAAAUGGAGAAACUUGCUGGCGUUGUCAACACGGUGGGCAAGCUGGCCUAUGUGCCCCAGCAAGCGUGGAUCCAGAAUGCUACUGUGAGGGACAACAUCCUCUUUGGCCAGACCUACGAUCGGAAGCGCUACAACAAAGUGAUCGACGCCUGUGCCCUGCGUGCCGAUAUCGACAUCCUGUCGGCCGGAGAUCAAACGGAAAUAGGUGAAAAGGGUAUUAAUCUCUCAGGUGGCCAGAAGCAGCGUAUCUCCUUGGCCCGCGCCGUCUACAGCGAUGCCGAUUUGUAUCUGCUGGACGAUCCCCUCAGCGCCGUCGAUGCCCAUGUGGGCAAGCACAUCUUCGAAGAGGUUAUCGGACCCAAGGGCAUGCUGGCUCGCAAGUCCCGAGUCCUUGUCACCCAUGGCGUCACCUUCUUGCCCCAGGUGGACAGCAUCUAUGUGAUGAAGGCCGGUGAGAUUAGCGAGAGCGGCACUUUCGAUCAGCUGGUGAAGAACAAGGGCGCCUUCGCCGACUUCAUCAUCCAGCACUUGCAGGAUGGCAACGAGGAGGAGGAGGAGCUCAACCAGAUCAAACGCCAGAUCUCCAGCACCGCAGAUGACCCUGAGCUGAUUGGCAGUGUCGAGAAGGCCAUCAAGUUGGCCCGAACUGAGAGCUUGUCGGAUUCUAUCAAUCGUGAGGAACAUUUAAUAGGCUCUGUUACUUCUGCGGAUAGUUUAAUGGGAAGAGGCAACAGCCUGCGGCGCCGUGCCAAGCGCCAGGACUCCCACGACUCCGUUGCCUCCGCCGCAUCCUUGAAGAAGAAACAGGAGGUCGAGGGCAAGCUGAUCGAGACCGAAAAAUCACAAACUGGCGGCGUCGACUUCGCCGUCUAUAAGCACUACAUCAAGAGCGUGGGCAUCUUCCUGUCGGUGGCCACCCUGGUGCUGAACUUUGUUUUCCAAGCAUUCCAAAUCGGCUCGAAUCUCUGGCUCACCAAGUGGGCCAACGACCAGAGGGUCGAGAACGACACUAGCCUCAGGGACAUGUAUCUCGGUGUUUACGGCGCAUUUGGUUUUGGUCAAGGUGUGCUCGCCUACUUCGCGGUGGUGAUCGUCUACCUGGGUGGCUUCCGGGCCGCCAAGGUCAUCCACAAUGAUCUCCUCAGAGUCAUUAUCCGUGGCUCCGUAUGCCGAUUUUACGACGUAACCCCGAUCGGGCGACUCUUGAACAGUUUCAGCGGCGAUAUGGACGUUAUCGACGAAGAGUUGCCCGCCACCCUGGACUCCUUUAUGACCUUUAUUUGGAUGGUCUUGGCUACCAUUGUGGUUAUUAGCUUGUCCACGCCCAUUUUCCUGGCCGUGAUUGUGCCGAUCGCCAUCCUGUACUACUUCGCCCAGCGCUUCUAUGUGGCCACCUCCCGGCAGCUGAUGCGUCUGGAAUCCGUCUCCCGAUCCCCAAUCUACUCUCACUUUGGUGAAACAGUCACUGGAGCUUCUACAAUUCGUGCCUACAAUGUGGGAGAUCGUUUCAUUGAGGAAUCCGACGCCAAGGUGGACAAGAACCAAGUGUGCAAAUAUCCUUCGGUCAUCGCCAAUCGUUGGCUGGCCAUCCGUCUGGAGAUGGUGGGUAACUUGAUUAUCCUCUUCGCUUCACUGUUCGCCGUCUUGGGAGGCCAAACCAAUCCUGGCCUGGUGGGUCUCUCGGUGAGCUACGCCCUGCAGGUGACCCAAACCCUCAACUGGCUGGUGCGCAUGACCUCCGACAUCGAGACGAACAUCGUGUCCGUGGAGCGUAUCAAGGAGUACGGAGAAACCAAGCAGGAGGCACCUUGGGAGCUGGAGGCUGAUAAGAACAAGCCCAAGAACUGGCCGGAAGAAGGACGUGUCGAGUUCCAGAACUUCCAGGUGCGAUACCGCGAGGGCCUGGACCUGGUGCUCCGUGGCGUUAGCUUCAACAUCAAGGGUGGUGAGAAGGUCGGCAUUGUUGGACGCACAGGAGCUGGAAAGUCAAGUCUUACCCUGGCAUUGUUCAGAAUCAUUGAAUCUGCCGGCGGACGCAUCGCCAUCGAUGGAGUGGACAUUGCCACCAUGGGUCUGCAUAUGCUCCGUUCUCGCCUGACGAUCAUUCCACAGGAUCCUGUGCUCUUCUCCGGCUCGCUGCGCAUGAAUUUGGAUCCCUUUGAGGUUAACACCGACGAUGAGAUUUGGAAGGCUCUGGAGCUGUCCCACUUGAAGUUGUUUGUGAAGAGCUUGGCCGCUGGUCUGAACCACGAAAUUGCCGAGGGCGGUGAGAAUCUGUCGGUGGGCCAGAGGCAGUUGGUGUGCUUGGCUCGUGCCCUGCUGCGAAAGACCAAGGUGCUGGUUCUGGAUGAAGCCACUGCUGCUGUGGAUUUGGAAACAGAUGACUUGAUUCAGAAAACCAUCCGCACCGAGUUCAAGGAGUGCACUGUACUCACAAUUGCCCAUCGAUUGAACACUAUUUUGGACUCUGACAAGGUCAUUGUGCUGGACAAGGGUCAGAUUACGGAGUUCGCUUCGCCGACAGAGCUGCUGGACAACCCGAAGUCCGCCUUCUACAGCAUGGCCAAGGACGCCAACCUAGUUUAAGAUCCUCAAAAUGUCAAUCUGAAACUCUACGAAACUCAAAUGCAAGUGUGUGUGUCCCGUUUUAAACAAACUAGGAAUGUAGCUGUAUGAAAUUAAAUGUUUGAACGUAAGCUUUAAGCCAUGCCCUACCUCCGGUCUUAACAAAAAGCUAAAAAACAAAGGAAACAAACAAAAACAAUAACCAGAAACUAAAUUAUGAAAUUAGUAACUACCAACGGAAUGUUCAUUAGGCUAAGCAAAAUUUUGAAAGCCAUUCGCUACUUAAUCGAUUAAUGUAUUCCCCUUUUUUGAUAUGUAUAUGAAUUUACAUAGUUGAGUGUAUUUUUGUAUUGUCUACUGUACUUAGUUUCCAACAAGAGAACAAGAGAAAAACUCAAAAAAAAAAAAAACAGAUUUAAGGAAUAACACUCUUAACCUUGUUACAUAUUUAUGUACUUAAGAUAAAUAAAAAAAACCUGUAAUGAAAGAACAAUGAGAAUGAAAACUAAACUCACUCAAGAAUUUUUUGCCUUCAACUGAUCUGAUCAGUAAGUUAAAUGGUCAACGUAGUUAAAUCAAUAUAUUGAAACUUUUGUAAAAUGUAUACUUAAAACAAAGUGAUUAAAUAAAGAAACAAUUCUUAAAAUA